GCUACACGGUCACCCCUCAUCUCAGUCUGCUGGGCCUAUGGCAGGGCGACCUGCAGCCGGUGUGCACACUGUGGGUACUGUUGGCAGAGUUUCCAACCCUGGGUGUCCCGUAUAUAUUGAGCUCAUCGUGCUAUCACAAACACACUGGCACAGACAGUUUCAUCAUUGCUGAUCCAUUCAUUAUGGCCGCAGACCACCAGAACCCUGCAUCCAAGCAGCAGCAGCCAGGCACCAGUGCAUUUAAGCUGGUUAUCUAUGAGCAGGAAAACUUCCAGGGACGCUGCCAUGAGCUGACUGGUCCCUGCAACGACCUCCAGGAAGCAGGCGUGGAGAAAGUGGGCUCCAUACUGGUGCUGUGUGGACCAUGGGUGGGAUACGAGCAGGCCAACUGUAAGGGGGAGCAGUAUGUGUAUGAGAAGGGGGAGUAUCCUCGCUGGGAUUCCUGGACCAACAGCAGGCGCAGUGACACCAUUGUUGCUUUCCGCCCGAUUAAAGUGGACAGCCAGGAGCACAAGAUUGUCCUUUACGAGAACCCCAGCUUUGCUGGGAAGAAGAUAGAAAUCAUAGAUGAUGAUGUCCCCAGCUUUCACGCACACGGCUACCAGGAGAAGGUUUCCUCUGUUCGGGUGCAGAGUGGCACUUGGGUGGGCUAUCAGUAUCCAGGCUACAGAGGCUAUCAGUACCUGUUUGAAAAGGGGGAGUAUAAGGACAGCUCUGAGUUCGGAGCCCAGAUUCCUCAGAUCCAGUCUGUCCGGCGCAUCAGAGACAGCCAGUGGCAUCAGAGGGGUGCUUUUCAUCCCGUCAACUAAGCUUGUGACUCUUUCCUGUCAUUGAACCUGUAACUGUAGCAUUGCUCCCUCCCAGCCUCACCCCCCCCCUCCCCCCUUUUUGUCCUUCAUUUUCACCUUAAAGCAUUUUGAUAUCUGUUGCAGCUGUUGCAGUAGUGACAUUCUUUCAAGCCAACUAAUAAAUCCUUAUUGCUUACA